GGGCGCGGUGCGGCGGCGGUGGCGGUGCCGCCAUGGCGGAGGCUGCGGUCCCGUGCCGGGUGCAGUACCUGGAAGACUCCGAUCCCUUCGGCUGCGGCAGUUUCCCGGAGCCCCGACGGGCGCCUGUUUACGCCGUGGAGGAAGCGUUGGCCCUGGGAGCGCAGCUGCCCGCGGUGCACCGGCUGCUGGGAGCGCCGCUGCCGCUGGAGGACUGCACGCUGCAGGUGUCCCCAUCCGGCCACUACCUGGACCUGGAGCUGUCCCUGCUGGAGCAGAAGGAUGACCUGGAGGCUUUCUACGAGGAGGUCAGGAAGGGCCGGCGGCCAACGCUGAUCCUGCGCACGCAGCUCUCCGUCCGUGUCCACGCCAUCAUUGAGAAGCUGUACAACUCGCAGGGCCCGGAGCUGCGGCGCUCCCUCUUCUCCCUCAAGCAGCUCUUCCAGGAGGACAAGGACCUGGUGCCAGAGUUUGUGAACCUGGAUGGGCUGACGUGCCUGAUCAACGUGGGGGCAGAGGCGGACCAGAACUACCAGAACUACAUCCUCCGUGCCUUGAGCCAGAUCAUGCUCUUCGUGGACGGGAUGCAGGGUGUCAUCAACCACAACGAGACCGUCCAGUGGCUGUACACGCUGUCAGGAAGCCCGUUUCGCCUGGUGGUGAAGAUGGCCCUGAAGCUGCUGCUGGUCUUCGUGGAGUACACGGAGCCCAAUGCCCUGCUCCUCAUCCGCGCCGUCAAUGCUGUGGAUCAGGCGAGAGGUGCAUGCCCAUGGUCCAACCUGAUGGCCAUCCUUGAGCAGCGCAAUGGGGCUGACACGGAGCUGCUGGUGUUCGCCAUGACGUUGAUCAACAAGACGCUGGCCGCCCUCCCAGACCAAGACUCCUUCUACGACGUGACGGACUGCCUGGAGCAGCAGGGCAUGGAGAGGGUCGUGCAGCAAUAUUUAAGCAGCAAAGGCACUGACCUCGACCUGAAGCAGCAAUUUGUCCUCUAUGAAAGCGCACUGCGGCUGGAGGAUGGCGUGGAGGAGCCGCCGGCAGGCGGGCGCAAGGAGCGCAGGAAGACAGACGAGGGGCGGCGUGGGUGGAGAGCACAGGGGAGCUGUGCUGAGCCCGACCCUCUGCAGAGCCCAGGGAGCCCCGCAUCCCCAAAUGAGACCCCCAGCACCCCGAAGGAGCCGCCUAUUGAGGACAGCCCUGAGCUGAGCAUCCCAGUGGAGCCUUGCCCCAAGAGCAUUCUCAGCAGUGCGUCCAGCCUGAGGCUCAGCCUGUCCAGCCCCCCAGCUGAGAAGGAGCCCCCCAGCGUCGGGGAGAGGAGUGUCUACAAGCUGCACCAACCUGCUGCUGUCUGGCGGGAGGAUGCCCCCUCCUUGCAUGGGGACAAACCUAUUCUGAAGAGGUUUGAAGCUCGCUUCUUGGAGAACCUGGCUGCUGCCCAGAAGGAGAAGAUGUCUGCCAUGGCAAAGGGACGGAUCGACAUCCUCAGCGAUGUUACACCACUGGAGCAUCCCGUCACUUGGGAUGGGGACGGCAGUAACCCUGAUGCUGGCACAGAACCACCCCGCAUGAGGUCCCACGCAGGCCGGCAGGACGUCUUUGACUCCUGUAGCACCAUCUCUGAUACCAAGUUCAUGCUGGACAUGCUCUAUGCCAAGGGCUCCUCGGAGCCAGGGAGGCAGAAGGUCUUCCCCGAGGAGCCAUCAUUGUCCUCGCGCCAAGGAGAGGUGGAGACGGACGCAGGGUCCAGCUGUGCCGAGGGACCUGGUGGUCAGGAACAAGAGAGUGCCCGGCCCCACGGCAGGGCUCCAGACGGGCUGGUGGCUAGUGCCCACGCCAAGCUGGCACGUGCUGCAUCCAGCAUCGAUGCUGAGAGCCACACGCAGAAGCUGGAGAACACCGUCAUGAUGCCUGUCAAGAACGACGUGGAGUUGUCGUGGGAGCGCCUGGAGGCUGGCCCCGUGCAACUGAAAAUCAAGGACCUGGACUUCACUGACCUGGGGGAGGAAGAGGACUUGGACGUCUUGGACUCGGGACCUAUUGCCAAUGGCUCCUUCCUUCCUGGCAGCAUCGAGGCAGCGAGUGCGGGAGUUCUCAUGGCUCCCCCUCCACUUCCUAUGGUUCCCGGUUGCCCACCACCUCCACCUCCUCCCCCAGUGGUCCCUGGUUGCCCACCACCUCCACCUCCACCACCUAUGGUCCCUGGCUGCCCGCCUCCCCCAGGGUUCUCAGGCCCCUCCACCAUGGAUGGCCCUUCCCAAGCCAAGAAGAAGAGGACAGUGAAGCUCUUCUGGAAGGAGCUGAAGCAGCUGGAUGGCACUGUGGGGUCAGGCAGGUUUGGGCAGGCGACACUGUGGGCAUCCCUGCAAAACGUUGAGGUCAACACUGCCAAACUGGAGCAUCUCUUUGAGUCCCGUGCAAAAGAGAUGCCAGCUUCCAAGAAAGUUACUGAUGGAAAGAAAGUGGUGGUGGUGCUGGAUCCCAAGAGGAGCAAUGCCAUCAACAUUGGCCUCACGGUGCUGCCACCUGUGCACAUCAUCAAGACAGCCGUGCUCAACUUUGAUGAGUUUGCAGUCAGUAAGGAAGGGAUUGAGAAAAUCCUGACCAUGGUCCCAACGGAGGAGGAGAAGCAGAAGAUCCAGGAGGCCCAGCUGGCUAACCCUGACGUGCCCUUGGGCUCUGCAGAGCAGUUCCUGCUCUCAUUGUCCUCCAUCAGCGACCUGACGGCCAGGCUCCAGCUCUGGGCCUUCAAGCUGGACUACGAGAGCCUGGAGCAGGAAAUUGCAGAGCCACUGUUUGAUCUGAAAGUGGGCAUGGAGCAGCUGGCCAGAAAUCACACCUUCAAGUGCAUCCUGGCCACGCUGUUGGCCAUGGGCAACUUCCUGAAUGGCUCCCAGAGCAGAGGCUUUGAGCUGGGCUAUCUGGAGAAGGUGUCGGAGGUGAAGGACACAGUGCACCGGCAGUCCCUGCUCCACCACCUCUGCCAGAUGGUGGUGGAGAAGUUCCCAGAAACCACGGACCUCUACUCAGAGAUCGCCUCCAUCACGCGAUCUGCCAAGGUUGACUUUGAUGAGUUGGCCAACAGCCUGGUGCAGCUGGAGCGGCGUUGCCGGGCCUCCUGGGACAACCUGAAGGUGAUUGCCAAGCACGAGGCCAAGCCAGUGCUGAAGAGCAAGCUGACGGACUUCCUCAAGGACAGCACCCAACGCAUCGUCGUCUUGAAGGUGGUGCACCGGCGCGUCCUUAACAGGUUCCACUCCUUCCUGCUCUACCUGGGGUACCCGGCAAGCGCUGCGCGGGACGUGAAGGUGAUGCCCAUCUGCAAGCUGCUGCGGGAGUUCGCCCUGGAGUACCGCACGUGCCGGGAGCGCGUCCUGCAGCAGCAGAAGAAGCGUGCGGCCCACCGUGAGCGCAACAAGACGCGUGGCCGGCUCAUCACAGAGACCGAGAAGUUCUCUGGCAUCACCGAGGCAUCACCACCCGCCGUGGUGUCAGCCAGCCCCACGCAGCAGGAGCAGGCAGAGGUGGGCCACGAGAGCAUGAAGAGCGUCCUGAGCUCGCCCACGGAUGUCCCUGCCCGCCGCAGUCGGGGUGGCCGCGGGACGGGGCUCACCACCCCAAGUCAGGGCUCCCCAGCCCAGGAGGACGUUCCCAGCUCACCCGACGACGCCUCAGAUGAGAUCAUGGACCGCCUGGUGAAGUCGGUGACGCACAGUGCCAACCCCCGGCCCUGCCCCAGCCGGGAGCGCAGGAGGUCCCGCGGCAACAGGAAGUCCUUGCGACGGACUCUGAAGAGUGGGCUGAGUGAUGAGCUGGUGCAGGCACUGGGCUUGGGAAGGGCACCGGGUAUGGAGGUGUGAAGUGACAACCUGCAUCCCAUGGGGAAGGACACGGGGAUGCUUGGCACGCUCCGCACCUUCGGUCUCACCUCUAGCUUCAGAGCACAAUGGGAGCGAUGCCCCAGAGCUGCUCUGUGGGGUCAGGAUGCAGGAUGGAGGAUGCAGGAUGGAGGAGCACAUGCUGCGGUGGGAGUUGGAGCAGUACUGGAGGGAGAGGGGCUGGACCCGGACCCCCGCUGGGACCUGGGUUUGGCUGCUGUGACAAUAAAGUGAUGUGAUGUGUGCUG